CUUUUUUUUUCACAUUAACGGUUUCUCUAACAUACCUUCUCUACCUCUACGCUCUGCUGGGAAAAAUAAAUAAAUAAUGAAAGAUCAACCUAAUGGUUACAAGCAAUCUAACCAGACAAAUGGUGACGCCUUCGCUGUAGAUCCUACCAUAAGACAGAAGACGCCAACGAAACAAGAUGAACAAAUCAAACAGCAACAGCAGGAGCAUCAACAUCAUCAUUUCGUGGAGCGUGUUGUAUCUCUUCCCCUCGUCAAAGAAAGUGUUGAUACAGCUCAAACAUUCGCCAACAAGACCUUUUUGGGACGCUUUGCUAUGAAUUCAGCCAACACCACGCUCACCACGCUCACUCGCUAUGCCUCAAAAAGCCAACCGAUUCAACGUUAUUACCAAGAUUAUAUUCAGCCCCAUGUAGAGAAGGCCGACUCCUUGGGUUGUCAGUCGUUAGACUAUGUAAAAGCCAAAGUGCCUCUUAUCAAUGAACCCAGCUCACACAUUAUUUAUGUGGUGGUAAAAGAACCUUCUUCUAAAAUUAUCGACGGCAUCAAAGUUAAAUUGGAUAACACGAUUGGUACUGUUACCCAUCCUGUAUACCACUUGGCCAAAACUGCAAACAAGAAAAUCACAUUCGUGGUGGAUAAUGUGGAGGGCGUGAUAGACAACUAUUUACCUCCUUCCUCAGCCCACAACAACAGUAACGACGAAAACAAUGAAAAGAGUGAAGCAGCUGCACAACAAAAGCAUGAGCAGCAGCAGCAGCAACAGCAUUACGAUGGCUCCAACCGUAAUUUAUUGAAUGGCACUCUUGCUGUUGAACAGAAUCAAAUGAGACGACUCUACGACAUUAUGAAGCAAAUUCCUUCUCGUAUUUCACAACAAGUUCAACGCUCCAAAAGCGAUCUCGUCCUUUUCAUCCAACAAUAUUCUCCUUCACGCGACGACACGUCUGCUUUAUUGGAAAAGAAGAAUGCCGCCGUUGCCGUUGCCGCCUCAGAGGGACAUCCUUAUUUGCGCAGAUUAGCCGAUCAAAUCAAAUACGCUCAAGAUACCUUUACUAAUAUCAUCCGAUUCUACAGUAGCAAUGCUCAGGAACGCUUACCUGAUGGGAUGAGCUCUUCCUUCGAAUACACAAAUGCUCUGAUGACUGGUCUGCGUAAAUCUAUGGAAAAAUUUGUUCACCAUGUGAAAACCACAACAACGGCUUCUACCUAUUCCGCUGCAGAUGCUGCAGUACCUAACUGGUUAAAGAAAAGAAUUCAGGCCACCCUUGAGACGACGGCUCAACAGUUGAAAGCCUUACAAGACGAAAUUGCUAGAAAAGAUAUCAGUUACACAGAAAAGGUCGGCUUCCUCAAAUCUGGUCUUCAACAACAAAUCGCGCCUUUAUUUAACAACCUUACUUCUACGAUUCUGACCUACAUCAACCAGGGCAAGGAAAAAGGUCAAGCUUAUUUGAGCCAUUCUUAUAACCAUUAUGAAAUGAGCCAGAAGGUCAAGACACAAUAAGAUAGGGAAUUUUACCCAGUAUAGCAGGCUGUUGUAAACUGGAUAUUUGCGACUGACUUGUGCAUCCAUAAGCUGUCCAGCUCUUACUUUGUGUCUAAAAAUUAAAACAACUACAACUAUCAAUUAUGCUAUAUAUUAUUAUAUAGUAAUAUGUUUUGCAUUUAUUUUCAUUGCUCGUGAUGCUUUUCUUUAUCAUUAUCACUUUUCGCUUUUCUUUUUUUUUUUUUUUUUUCGUUUAUAAAGAAGAAAA